ACAGCAUGCCGUCGAAUCCGAAAGUUCGCUUUGGGAACUGGAUUAUUCUGCUGGCGGCACUCCUGUGUGUUCCUGGGCUAGUCUAUGCCAAGGAUGAUGCCUCUGUGCCCCGUCUUAUCACCCUUCAAGCUGGUAGUCCCGCUCCAGCGCCGCCACAAGAAGUGAUCAUAGAGGAGGAUCACGAUCAUCAUCAUCCGCAACACUAUCAGCCGAGCUAUUCGUAUCCGUAUCCCCAGCCGCAGCCCUGUCGUUGUCCGCCCGGUCCUCCGGGUCCUCCUGGUCCACCUGGACACCCUGGACAGAAGGGCUAUCCCGGGCCCAAAGGAUCCAAGGGUGAUCCUGGUGAGAAGGGGUCGAAAGGAGAAAGGGGCCACCCAGGUAUGCCUGGAAUGCCUGGCCAACCUGGUCCUCAGGGUCCUCCUGGAUAUCCCGGAGGUUCAUAUCCACCGUAUCCCUAUCCUCCUCCUCCUCCUCCUCUUCCACCACAUGGACAUGGAGGCCCAAAAGGACACCAUAGGCACUACGAUCGCUACUAUGAUGAGGAGGACUAUGACUACGCAAAUGAGCGUUCGUUUGGUCUAAUAAAAGCCGAAGAAUUCGACGACCAGCCCUUCAUUUUAGCCUUCAGUGAACGCAGAAAUCCGUUUAGACCAAAAAUCAAUAAAAGGCGAAAUUGAAAGAA